UCUGCAUCCGCCAUUGAAGGACAAAGAGGAAGAAGAAGUGACGUAGAUCUCGCGCAUGUGCAAAACUGAUCCCGUAGUAAUACGGACGUUCAGACAAAGGUUUAAAGUUUACGAUAAAACAGUUAUAUCGAUUCACGCAGCAAACAUAACAACGGAAAGCCCAAAGAUUCGUCUUUUAUAAAAUCCACGAAACAGAAGUUGAGUUUGGAGCAUUGGAGUGCUAUCUGAAGUGAAGAUUGAAGACGUGAUAGAAGAUGAACCACUGCUAUGCUAAGAUGGCGACGUCCAGUCAAAGAGAAGGCGGAAGAGAAUCAGCGCCACCAACUCCCAGCAAAUCAUCAACGGAGAAAAAGCCCCAAACUGCAGAUAACGGUGUACAGCAGCUGAUUGGUUGUCAAGAAGAACAUCCCACUCAUCCACAGGGGGGGAGCUCCACUUUGAAGCAGGAGGAUCCACAGCCCCCCCAUGUUAAAGAGGAAGAGGAGGAACUCUGUACCAUUCAGGAGGGAGAGUGUCUUCUAGGGCGUGAGGAGUCUGAUCUGACCAAGUUCCCACUGACUUCUGUCUCGGUGAAGACUGAAGACCAUGACGACAAACCACCUGAGUCCUUACAGCUUCAUCACAGUCCAAGUGAGGAGAACACAGGCAGCAGCAGCUCACCACAACACAUGACAACAGAAGCUGAUGGAGGCCACUGUGGAGGAUCACAAGCAGACAACCUCUUAGCUCCACUAUCAGAUAGUGACGACACAACGUCACACUCUCCUGAAGAUGAAGAUAGGGACGACACCCAAGAACCGUUGAGCAGCGAUACAGACUGGGAAGGUGAUAUGAGGACUCACACUGACAACAAACACUCUGAAUACUCUAAAAAGAAGCCAGACGUACAGCACCUGAUUGGUUGUCAAGAGGAACAUCCCGCUCAGCCACGAGAGGUUAGCUUCAUUUGGAAGCAGGAGUAUCUACAGCUCGCCCAUGUAAAAGAAGAAGAGGAGGAAUUUUGGACCACUCAGGACGGAGAGUGUCUUCAAGGUCUGGAGGAGGCUGAUCUCCCCAACUUGCCACUGACUGUUGUCUCUGUGAAGACUGAAGACAAACCACCUGAGUUCUUACGUUUGUUGUGUCCUUCGGAUGUUCAGCGGUUGAUUGGUUGUCAGGAAGCGCAGCCGCCUCAGCUACAGGGGCGGAACUCCACUUUGAAACAGGAAGAUCCACACCCAACCCAUGUUAAAGAGGAAGAGGAGGAACUCUGGACCAUUCAGGAGGGAGAGUGUCUACUAGGGCGGGAGAAGGCUGAUCUCACUAAGUUGCCACUCUCUGUGAAGACCGAAAACCAUGAAGACAAACCACAUGCGUCCACACAGAUUCAACACAGUUCGAGUGAGGAGAACACAGGCAGCAGCAGAUCACCACAACACAUGACACCAGAAGCUGAUGGAGGCCACUGUGGAGGAUCACAAGCAGACAACCUCUUAGCUCCACUAUCAGAUAGUGAUGCCACAACAUCACACUCUCCUGAGGAUGAAGACAGGCACAACACCCAAGAACCUUUGAGCAGUGAUACAAACUGGGAAGGUGAUAUGAGGACUCACACUAACAACAAACACUCUAAACUCAAAUGCUCUAAAAAGAAGCCAGGUAAAAAACGUUCCACCUGCUCAGUUUGUGAUAAAAGCUUUCCUUGUAAGAGUAAUUUGACCCAACACAUGAGAACACACACAGGAGAAAAACCUUUUGUUUGUUCUGUUUGUGGUCAAAAAUUCUCCUUUCAGUCAGGUAUGAUACGACACAUGAGAACACACACAGACGAACAACCUUUUGCUUGUUCUGUUUGUGAUAAAAGAUUCUCUGAUCAGUCAGGUAUGGUACGACACAUGAGAGCACACACAGGAGAACAACCCUUUAGUUGCUCAGUUUGUUGUAAAAGAUUCUUUCGGAAAGACGCGAUGGUCAGACACAUGAGAACGCACACAGGAGAAAAACCUUUUAGCUGCUCAAUUUGUGACAAAAGAUUCUCUCAAAAGGAUAAUGUGGUAUCACACAUGAGAACACACACGGCAGAAACAUCCUUCAGUUGCUCAGUAUGUGGUAAAAGAUUCGGUCACAAAGCAGCUAUGGUAUCACACAUGAGAACACACCCAGAAGAAAACCCCUUUAGCUGCCCAGUUUGUGCGCAACGAUUCUAUCAAAAGGCACAUGUGGUACGACACAUGAGAAUGCACACAGGAGAGAAACACUUUAGUUGCUCAGUUUGUGGUAAAAGAUUCAUUCGGAAAGGCGAUAUAAUCAGACACAUGAGAACACACACGGGUGAAAAACCUUUUGGUUGUUCUGUUUGUGGUCAACGAUUCACUCGAAAGUUAAGUAUGGCAUCACACAUGAGAACGCACACAGGAGAAAAACCUUUUGGUUGUUCUGUUUGUGGUGAAAGAUUCACUCGAGCGUCAGGUAUGGUACAACACAUGAGAACGCACACAGGACACAAACCCUUUGGUUGCUCAGUUUGCGGUAAAAGAUUCAUUCGGAAAGGAGAUAGAGUCAGACACAUGAGCACACACACAGGACAUAAACCUUUCAGUUGCUCAGUCUGUGGUAAAAGUUAUUCUUGUAAGAAAAGACUGACAACACACAUGCAGACACACAACAGAGAAUAAACAUUGUAGUGGCCAGUUUGUGCUAAAAGAUCAAUGUCACAGAUGAGAAGCUUCUAGAAAGCGGUGAUGUGUUGUGUGUACGAUGUCCGAUUCCCUCAUGAAUUAGUGUGCUGUUCACGCAUCAUAAGUUAUCAAGUGUCCUCUCACUUAACACAACACUUCAAUACAGAGAUAGGAGCUGCCCUGUGACACAAUCAUAGGAUUAUGGAGACAAUGACUAGGUGUCCUUUUUUUUUUUGCUACAAAUAGACUAUUUUAUUAUAUUUCUUAUUAAAUGUGAAUAAUGACAUGAUAUAUGACUAUUUGCCUUCUUGAUUUCGUAUUUUUUUGCAUGUUUGUCACACAUAAGUUUCAGAUCAUCAAACAAAUUUAAAUAUUAGUCAAUGACAACACAACUGAACAAAAAAUGCAGUUUUUAAAUGAAACUGUGUAUUAUUAAGGGAGAAAAAAAAAUCAAAAUCUACAUGGCCCUUUGUGAAAAAGCGAUUGCCCCCCCCCACACACAGAAAGAAAGUAAUUGAGAUCUAUCAGUCUGGAAAAUGUUGUGAAGCCAUUUCUAAAGCUUUGGAACUCCAGCGAACCACCGCAAGAGCCAUUCUCCACAAAUCGCAAAAACACAGAACAAUGUUGAACGUUCCCAGGAGUGGCCGGCCAACCAAAAUGACCCCAAGAGCGCAGCGACGACUCAACCAAGAGGUCACAAAAAACCCCACAACAACAUCCAAAGAGCUGCGGGCCUCACUUGCCUCAGUUAAGGUCAGUGUACAUGACUCCACCAUAAGAAAGACACUGGGCAAAAAGGGCCUGAAUGGCAGAGCUCCUCGACGCAAACCACUGCUGAAGAAAAAGAAUAUUACCUAGGCUCGUCUCAAUUUUGCCAGAAAACAUAUUGAUGAUCCCCAAGACAUUUGGGAAAAUACUCUCUGGUCUGACGAGACAAAGGAUGAACCUUUUGGAAGGUGUGUGUCCCAUUGCAUCUGGCAUAAAAGUAACGCCGCAUGUCAGAAAAAAAAACAUCUUACCAACAGUGAAAUGUGAUGGUCUGGGGCUGUUUUGCUGCUUCAGGACCUGGGAGACUGACUGUGAUAAAUGGAACCAUUAAUUCUGCUGUCUACCAAAAAAUCUGUAAGGAGAAUGCCCGGCCAUCUGUUCGUGACCUCAAGCUGAAACGAACUUGGGUUCUGCAGCAGGACAAUGAUCCAAAACACACCAGCAAGUCCACCUCUGAAGGGCUGAACAAAAACAAAAUGAAGACUUUGGAGUGGCCUAGUCAAAGUCCUGACCUGAAUCCUAUUGAGAUGCUGUGGCAUGACCUUAAAAAGGUGCUUCAUGCUGAAAAACCCUCCAAUGUGACUGAAUGACAACAAUUCUGCAAAGAUGAGUGGGCCAAAAUUCCCCCACAGCGCUGUAAGAGACUCAUUGCAAGUUAUUGAGAACGCCUGAUUGUAGUUGUUGCUGCUAAGGGUGUCACAACCACUUAUUAGGAUUAGGCGACAAUCACUUUUUCACACAGGGCCAUGUAGGUUUGGAUUUUUUUCUCCCUUAAUAAUAAAACGUUUCAUUUACAAAGUGCAUUGUGUGUUCAAUUGUGUUGUCAUUAACUAAUAUUUAAAGUUGUUUGAUGGUCUGAAAAUGUAACAAACAUGCAACAAAAAAAAGGAAAUCAUGAAGCGGCAAACACUUUUUCACACCACUGUAUGGACAUGUGUUGAAGCAACGGAAUUAGCCCAAAAUAACAAAUGAAGGUCACACCCUAAUAUAGGUGGCUCCAUGUCCACACUAUGCCCACUUCAAAUAGUAAGAAAUGAUGUACAGCCUGAGGGAAUUACUUAAUUCUGUAAAAUAACUUUUUUUUCCUCUGGAAUAAAAACUCCAUUGGAUUCUACCUGA